AUGGGUUUCUUUACAAUCCUAGUCGAUACUACUUCUCACGUAGCUGCCAACUUCAGUCUCGGUUCAAAAUUUGAUCCGAGUGCAAGAUACGACUUUGUGGGAGAGGAUCAACUUUUUGCACCGAUAUACGAAAUCGCUUCGUUUGAUGCCAUGGUCCCAACUGAACCACCCCAAUCCUGGAGGGAAUUGGUGUCUCCGGAACGGCUAUUCAAGUACGGAUACCCAAUCUUUGGGGCCUACUAUCGUGAUGCGAUAGCCAAAGAGCAAAAACCCGAAGAAAUUCAUAAUGCUAUUUUAGAAUUGGCUCACUUCAAACUGCUUGGGCCAACUGAACACACUCAAUCAUCACGCAUCGUAACGAAAGCUCAAGCGUUUGCAUUUCUCGGUCCUGCCAUCCAGCCACGAAUCAACGGCGCCUAUCACCUCAACAGGGAGCUCAUUGCAUCUCACUCUGCGAUCUGUGAUCACAUCAGCCCAGGUUGUGAUAUGGUGAUGAGCAAUUACCCAUCACAAUUCACAUUUGCAGCGGCUGCUAUGAAGUUUCUGAAGGAUGAGAGAAAGUUGAUCGAUUGCAUUAAAGCUCUCACUACAAUUGUGCUGCAUGGACUCGAUGCCGCCGGAGGUGCAGGAGAACUUGCUAGUCAGAUUAUUCUGUUGUGUGCAAUGCAAGCCGCCUUGCCGGUCACCUCGCGCGAGGGUAUAGUCUAUGGACGUCCCGUUCGGCUGGCGAAUUUCUUGAAAGUUCUAACUGGCAAAGAAGAAAAAGAGGACCCAGGAAAGCCGCUAUAG